CUUCUUCCAAUCACACCAACACUCAAUCAUCUGUACAAGAAGAGUUUGUUUUAACUAAGUCGAUCAUUCAUACACAAAUGGCCUCUUCGUCUCCAAUUUUCCUAGCCUUGUUCGUUUUUCUUCCUCUUUUGAUCGGAAGUUCCGAAGCUAAUUUCUACUAUGAAUCUUGCCCACAACUGCUUUCAACAGUUAGAGGAGUGGUACAAGCAGCCAUUAACAAAGAGGCUCGAAUGGGUGCCUCGUUGCUUCGCCUUCAUUUUCAUGACUGCUUUGUCAAUGGUUGUGAUGCAUCAAACUUGCUUGAUGAUUCAUCUUCUUUCAAGAGCGAAAAAGGCGCAGCCCCAAACCGAAACUCAGCAAGAGGAUUUGAAGUCAUUGAUCAAAUUAAGUCCGCGGUUGAGAAAGUCUGCCCUGGUGUAGUUUCUUGUGCUGAUAUUUUAGCAAUUACUGCAAGAGAUUCAGUUGUUAUUCUUGGAGGGCCUGAAUGGGAAGUGAAGCUUGGUAGAAGAGAUUCUUUGACGGCCUAUUUUGCAUUGGCCAACGCCACCAAUACAAUUCCAGCUGCAAAUGCUAGCCUUAGUGCUCUCCUCUCUAGCUUCCAAAACCAUGGACUUUCUACAAGGGACUUGGUUGCCUUGUACGGGGCCCACACAAUCGGUGUAGCAAGGUGCACAAACAUUAGGCAGCACAUAUACCAGGACAAGAAUAUUGAUACAUCAUUUGCAAGAUCAAACCAAGGAAAGUGUCCACAAAAGAAUGGAAAUGGUGACAAUAACUUAGCACCCUUAGAUGCUCAAACUCCCACAAGAUUUGACAACAGUUAUUUCAAGACCCUUGUUAACAAACAAGCAAUUCUUCAUUCAGAUCAAGAGUUAUACAAUGGAGGAACAACUGAUAUGCUUGUUCGAACCUAUGCUUCAAACCCUAAUGCUUUCCUCUCCGAUUUUACCGCCUCGAUUAUUAAGAUGGGUGACAUCAAGGUUCUUACUGGUUCACAAGGGCAGAUUAGGAAGAACUGCAGGAGAUUGAACUAAUCUAAGGAUUGUUUCAAUUAUUUGUUCGAGUUUUGUGGUGUUAUAUAUGCUAAUAUGCUUUUACUUUGCUUUAAUUUAGAGUUACUGUUUUCGGUUUUCUCUAUGUUUUUUUUUUACUACUCCGUACUUAUUUGUCUUGUAAGAGAUAUCGUAAUGUUUGGUGGUGCAUACAAUGUUAUAAAGCAUCUACGUACAAGUUUUAUUGAA